AUGCAGCUUGUUAGUCUCCUCUUCAUGGCGUCCUUCUCGAUUUUCCACUCGAGCGCAUUUCAACCAGUCUGCAAGAGUUUUUGGUUUUCGAAUCGCCCAUCGCAGGACUGCUCGUCGAUGGGCCUUCAGGAGGCGCCACCGCUUCUCGCCAACGUCUUGUCGCUGACGCUCACCAACAACUCGAUUGUGCGAAUCGCCGAGCUUCCGGCCGACUACCGCCGAUUGCAAUCCAUUCGACUCGACCAGUGCGAGCUCGAGAAAAUUGAGUAUGAGGCACUGGCGCAGUUCGACCAGCUCCGUGAGCUCGACCUUUCACGCAACAAAUUAACAAAAUUAAUUUUGCCUCGCAAUUUGGCCACGUUGCGCAUUCUCAAUCUCUCGUUCAACUCGUUCACAUAUGUUCCGGAUAUGUCGCAUCUGGAAAACCUGCGGCUCGUCGAUCUUUCUCACAAUCAAUUAAUAUCGGUGCGGCCGCGAAUGCUGCCGUUUAACCUCGAGGUGAUUCGACUGUCGGCGAAUCGCUUCACACAUCUCACACCAUGGCCAUUUCUCAACAAACUGCAGGAGCUCGAUGUCUCGUUCAACGAUCUCCAGUGCGAUUGUUCACUUUGGCAAUUCGUCAAUUGGGCCGAGCAGCUCUCAUUAUUCGACAGCGCCCUUCUUCCAUGUCGCACACCAAGCGAGCUUCGCAAAAGCCCGAUUGAUGGCAAGACCGUGUGCGGCCCGUCCGUCAUUAGUUCGACACCAGAAUCCACCAUCGUCUCAUUGGGCGACAAUCACCAAAUGUGUUGUACCGCUCUCGCCACCCCUGCGCCAUUCCUCUAUUGGCAAUUCAACGACAAAAAUAUUUCCAAGGGCCUCUCACAAAAGCAUUUGACCGACGCCGGUCGCGUCGAAUUCUGCCUCGAACUCCGCCGAAUCACACUAAAAGACGUCGGCCGCUACAAAUGUGUCGCCUCGUUGGCGGGUCUCAACGCGACGCGCCAGUUCACUGUCGAACGCGACAAAAUCCCAAUUAUGUUGAAUUCGGCCGAGGGAAUUAUGAUCUACUGCCAAUUCACGAUUUGCACAUUCAUCGGAGUCUGUUGUAUCGUCUCGUGUUGUGUUCUCCGAACCAGUGGGAAAAGGACGAAGACGAGACCAAAAAGGGAGUAUUCGACAUCGAAAGUUUUGGAAUUGCCACGUGGUUCCACGUGCGAAUAUUGCGAUGUGCUCGAACCGCAAAAAGACUACGACAAUUGGGGAGACGCCGAGACAACCGCUGUUCGCCAAUAUCUGCAAUGGCGGCAGUUGCAUCUGGAUCGAACCAGUCUGCAUGGCCAACUGAAGCCUGAAUCACUGUGCAGGCUUUCGCGAGAGUGCAACAAUUUGGAGGAAUGUGAAGAGCGCGCGCCGCUGGCACACUUCGACGACACUUCUUCGUAUAUCGAACGAUCAAUAUUAUGA